GCUGGUGCGCGCUGCCUGCUGGGAUUUGUAGGCAUGAAGCACCUGACUGGAAAGGGCGGUGCGUUGCUGGUGCUCAGUCUUGAGCGCCGCCUUUCGGCUGGGUUUAGGAAGCUUGGGGCGUGCCGACUCGCCCGCUCGGAGCCGGUUCGGUUCAGCUUGGCCUUGUCAGCCUGCCGUCGCCCGGUACGAGGUGGAGGCCCAGGCAGGAGGUGCAGCAGCGCCGAUUGACUCGGAGUUGGUGUCUUGCCUUCAGGGGUCUGCACCUCCCAAGAAUCCCAUCAUUACCCUUGUCUGGCCGGCAACUGUGUGACUUCACCCCCCCCAACCACGGCGGAGUCGGUCAAGCCCACCCUCUGCCGAGUCAUCAUCUACUUGCAGAAGGAGAUGUCUGGGGACACCUGCCUGACCACUCUCUGCCCUACCCCGGGCGUCAAGCCCAAGGGCUGCGGUUUCAAAGCCGGCACCCUCGGCAACAAGUAUGUGCGGCUCAACGUCGGCGGCUCCCUGUACUACACCACGGUGCAGGUGCUGACACGGCACGACACCAUGCUGAAGGCCAUGUUCAGCGGCAGGAUGGAGGUGCUGUCGGACAAGGAAGGCUGGAUCCUCAUCGAUCGCUGCGGAAAGCAUUUUGGGACCAUUUUGAAUUACCUCCGAGACAACAUGGUUGCCCUGCCGAAGAGCCGGCAGGAGAUCAAAGAGCUGAUGGCGGAAGCCAAAUAUUACCUCAUCCAGGGCUUAGUAGACCUCUGCCAGGCUGCCUUGCAGGACAAGAAAGAUUCCUACAAGCCCGUCUGCAACAUCCCGGUCAUCACAUCACCCAGAGAGGAGGAGAGGCUCAUAGAAUCCGCAAUGAAACCGGUGGUGAAGCUGCUUUAUAACCGGAGCAACAACAAAUACUCCUACACAAGCAACUCCGAUGACAAUUUGUUGAAGAACAUAGAAUUGUUUGAUAAGCUGUCCCUCCGCUUCAACGGAAGAGUCCUUUUCAUCAAAGAUGUGAUUGGGGAUGAGAUUUGCUGCUGGUCCUUUUAUGGGCAGGGACGGAAACUGGCUGAAGUCUGUUGCACGUCCAUAGUUUAUGCUACAGAAAAGAAGCAAACCAAGGUCGAAUUCCCUGAGGCCCGCAUCUAUGAGGAAACCCUGAACGUCUUGCUCUACGAGACCCCCCGGGUGCCCGACAACUCCCUCCUUGAGGCAACGAGCCGGACCCGGAGCCAGGCCUGUCAGAGCGAAGAUGAUGAUGGCAGCUUUGAGCUGCGGGACCGCGUCCGGCGCAUCCACGUCAAGCGCUACAGCACUUACGACGACCGGCAGAUGGGCCACUAGCCCCCCCCCCCCACGUGGAGCAGCUCACAAGGGACAUCCUUUCAGUAAGAGUUUGGCUGGCUUUGAAGCGGGUGGACUGCCUGACACCGUCCCCUGCAAAUGAUACUGUACUCAGAACGGCUCCUGCCCUGUGUCCAAACUGGCGUUUCUUCAUGUGGCCAGAGUUCACCUUAGCGUUUGAUUUUGUCAAAACGGUGACUCUUCGAAGGCCCGAAAUCCAGAGUGCCGGCAUCUGAGACCUUGUUAGCUUGAAGUGUCUCUUCCAGGAGGCAUCGGACAACUUUCGAGCUCGAGAAGAAGGAGCGGAUGUCCUUCCCUCCCUUUUUUCAACUUUGAGGGUAGUUCUAGCGAGGAAACUGUCUUGGAGUCGACUGCCUCAGACUCUGCUUGGAGAACCCUCUUCUUUUUUUAAGACAACGUUUUUAAAAUCCUGUUCCUGAGGAACGCCAGUUUUUUAUGUAGAGUAAACACUACAGCUUGGUAGACAAGUGACCUCUUCCGUUACAGAAUGCCGUUUGCUGAUUUUUGUCCCCACCGCACCCCCCCACCCCCGAAAGCAGAAUGUGUUUCUCUAACCCAGAGCGGCAAGAACUUCACAUGCCGCCCCCCCCAUUGGCUAAUUAUUUGUUGCAUAAUGCUGGGAAGCAACUGGAAAUCAAGCCGAGGCUGGUUUGUAAGGCAGGUGUGGGGAACCUGUGGGUCUUCUGGUGUUGCUGAAGUGCUGCUCCCAUUCGCCGCAGAAAGCAUGGCCAGGGAUGAUGGGAGUUGUAGUUCAGCAACACCUGGGGGAGGGCAGAGCAUCCCCGCGCCUGGCAGAAGCGUGGUUUGUAUGCUGCUAAGUCCAGAUGUUUUGGACUCCAACUUCCUGUGGCCAUUCUCGCUGGGGCUAAAGGACAAAGAUGAUAGCAGUUGUGGCUCAGAACAGCUGGAGGGCUCCACGCUGGCUGCCUCUGUGUCUCUCCUGUGAAAGAGCUUUUGAGGUGGAUCCUCCUCCAUCACAGGCGUGGAGAACGUUUGCUGAACUAUAACUCCCCACCAAGCACAGCCAGGGGCCAGGGGCUCUGAGAGUUGCAGUUCAGCAACCUCUGGGGGGCCAAAGGUUCCCUACCCCUGUUCCAGGGAAAACUAGCCCACUAACGAUCCUAAUCCGGAACUGAUUGAUGCGUCAAGCAAAGCGGGAUUGAGAAUUCAGGCAGAGGGGAGAGGGAGCCUGGGCAGAAUUGCACCUUUUUGGGGUGCACAAACAAUUGAGGGCUUGGCCCUUUCCACGUUGUGUGUGGGUGCCAAUCAGACAAGCUGGCUUGUGUUCAAGUGCUUUGCAGACUGUUCCUGUUCCCCACAUUCGGGUAAGGUGGGGAGGGGGGUGGAGAGCAAGUACAGCCCCUGUGGAGGCCUCCAGAUGCCGUUGGGCUAUAAACCCCAUCAUGCCUGGCCUGGCCUGGCAGGGCCGACUGGGGAUGAUGAGAGUUGGGGAGUCUGGCUGCAUCCGGACGGCACUGCGCUGUCUGCCCCAGAAGCAAAGGGUUAAAGGCGCAUGGUUGAAAUCCUCUGAGCCUGUGACCAGGAGAGGCUGGGUGUGCUCUUAAUAGGGUGGUGGGUUAUUGGCAGAGCUUGGAAAAGUUACUUUUUUUGAACUACAACUCCCAUCAGCCCAAUCCAGUGGCCAUGCUGGCUGGGGCUGAUGGGAGUAGUAGUUCAAAAAAGUAACUUUUCCAAGCUCUGGUUAUUGGGGGGGCUGGGUAAGGUUUAGUCUGGUGCGUGACGAAUCCUUCAGAAUCAUGGUUUUCUCACGGAGGAGAGCUUUGCAUGCAAGGAGUUGAUGGAUUUGCUCCCCAUGGCAUGUCUUCAUCUCAGGCACAUGCCUUGGAGAGCCACAGGUUCCUCAGCCCUCUUCUGUGGCUCCAUGGACACAAGUCUCUGUGGUGUGGCUGGCCUGGGCCAUUUGAGGUUGGUGGGGAGGGCUGUUGUGAUUUUGAAUGCUUCUCCAAACAAACACCGCUGCCACCCCCACCCCACCCGAAACUUAGUGAGUAGAAAGCCAGCAUCUCAGGGAGAAGUGUGUGCUCCAAAUCCUCUUCUCACUGACAUGCUGGCUUUCUGUGGGGGCAAGACUUUUGUGUGUGUGUGUGAGUGGAGAAGCAUUCAGAUGUGCCUUCGCUCAGCAGUUUGAGGUGGUAUAGUCCAGGCCCAGGUUGACUGCCUUCCGUGAGAACUAGACUGGCCUUUCCAAACCUUUGGGUCCGCAGAUGUUGCUGGUCUCCCAACUCCCUUCAGCCCCAGCCAGCAUGGCCAAUGAAUUAUGGGAACUGUAGUUCAGCAACAUCUGGGGACCCCAAAGUUAGGAAAGGCCUGAAGAAGACCUAAGUCAAAUAGUCCUCCCCAGCGCUGCAGAUACAUAAAGAAUCUCUUGUGGGGGUGGUGGAGAGUAAACAGUCCUCCGUAUGGAAUUGCAUUCCAUGAAAUGCUCCCAUUUUUUUUAAAGGGGUGCAAUGAGAGCCCAUCAUGCUGCACACCAGCUGCAACGAAACCAAUGGGUGACUAGAAGGGGGUGGCGGUCAAAAAAGCCUGCUGCUUCCGCAUCCGUGUCCGUCGGUCCAAGCGAGUCCCAUUUACGGAGACAGAAUCAUCAGGUUGGAACAGACUUCCAAGGACCACUGUUGCAACCCAUAUGCUCUCCCUUUUAUUGGCUGGGGUAGCCAGCCUGAUGCCCUCCAGAUGUUUUGAACUCCAGCUCCCAUCAGCCCCAGUCAGCACAGCCAAUGGUAAGGGGUGAUUGGAUUUGUAGCCCACAACAGCUGGAGGGCCGCCCUUUGGUUGUCCCUGCUGUUGGACAAUUGGCGUUGUAGUUGGAUUUGGGGUGAGAAACCUGUUUUUCUUUCAAGGGCUGCAUUCACUCUGAGCUAAUCUGUCGGGGGCCACAUGUAAGGGGAGGUGCCAUCCCCCAAAGUGGGUGGGGCCACCCCAUCCAUCCAUCCAUACCUUUUCCUCCCUGCCUAGCAGACUCUUGAGAUAGUCCAAUUGCUCUUGCAGUAAGACUGAAAUGACCAUCUGUUUUUUUACCAUACUCUGGCCUUGGGGAAGAGAUGGACAAAAGAAUUAAGACUGGGGAGAGCGCAAGCCAGCUGUGGGGAACCUUUUGGCCCUCUAGGUGUUGAAGAACUAUAACUCCCAUCACCACCUGUCAUGGGCCUUGCUUGCUGGGGCUGAUGGGAGUUGUAGUUCGUUCAUCAACAUCUGAAGGGCCAAAGGUUCCCGGCUCCUGGUGUAAGCCCUGGUCCAUGCAGCAGUCAGUCUAGUUGUUUUGGACUACAGUUCCCAUCAGCCCUCAGCGAGAAUGGUCAAGGAGCAAGGAUGAUGGUGAUUGUGGUCCUCCAUUACAUGAGGACUCUUGGCCCCAAAGUACAAACUGCACCAGUGUUUAUGGAGUUACCGGCAGCAGCGUUCAUUGGUUAGAGGUCUGUUAGGUUUCGCCCGGAAUAAGUAGCUGCCUGUGACAAUCCAUGCUUGGUUUAAAGUGCAGCAGAUUCUAUAUCUGUGGUAACUCAAGGUUGUGAUGUCUUGAUUUGUUACCUGGUGCAGAACAAAUCAAAUGGCAUUCUGUGUCACACAGUACUACUUUUCUGUAACCUGUAUAAAUUAUACAAUCAUGCAAA